AUGAGUUCCUUGAAAACCGACGAUGGACUUCCAACCCAAAUGAAAGCCGUCGUGUUCCAAAAACCCGGCGAACCUCUGAAGCUUGUCGAGAAGGCAGUGCCCAAGCCAGGACCCGGAGAACUCCUUGUGAAGAUUCUUUCAACUAGCAUCUGUGCCUCAGACUUGGUGCCAUGGAAAGGAUACCUCGGAGAUAAAACUGGUGUGGUCCCUGGCCACGAGGCAGUAGGGGUAGUGGUUUCCAAGCAUGAAUCGACCGCGACCAACUUGCGAAACGGCGAUCGAGUCGGCUUCACCAAUGCGGCCAACUUCUGUGCGAAUUGUGAAAGGUGCCUGGCCGGGUCAGGCCAAUUUUGCGAAUCUGGAAAGAGGGAUCUCGGAUUCGACGUGGAUGGUUUCUGGGCCGAAUAUGCGGUGGUGUCAGCCCUGGUUGCGAUCAAAAUCCCUGACACGUUGGAUGCUCCAAAGUUGGCCCCCUUGUUUUGCGCCGGAAUCACAGCAUUUGCCGCUUUGAAACGACUUGACGCUCCGGCGAGAGGUCUGAUCGGCGUCAUUGGCCUUGGAGGAGUCGGGACUCUGGCUGUGCGAUUUGCCAGGGCGCUUGGCUUUCAAGUCGUCGGGUUGGACGUGUCGCAGGAUGCUCGGGAUAGAGCUUUGCGGGCCGGGGCCCAGCAUGUCCUCGACUCGAGUGAUCUCGACACCGUCAAGAGCAAGGUCUCGGAGUUGACUCAAGGUGGCUUGUUGGCAGGGUGUUUGAUAUGCACUCCCACAUCCGCAGGCUAUCUCAUUGGAGCCGAGAUCUGCGGCUUUCAAAGGACCCUUGUCGCGGUUGGUGUUCCUCAUGAGGCCAUCCCACUGAGUAUUAUGCCGUUUAUCAAGAAAGGUCUAGUGAUGAAAGGAACCCAAACGGGGAACCCGAUCGAUUUGAAGGAUAUGAUGGCGACUGUGUCAAUACAUGACAUUGUUCCAGAGUCGACCGAGUGUGACUUCUCUCAGCUGCCUGAUAUAUUCAGCAAGUUUGCAGCGGGGGAGAUAUUUGGCAAGUUCUCAUUCAAUUUGAGUUGA